CAUGACAGCGGAGGCGGGUCGGGUCCCGCCGCUGCCGAGCCGGCCCCGGCUCCUGCCGCUCCUGCCCUCCCCAUCCCAUCCCGUCCCGUCCCGUCCCGUCCCAUCCCGGCGCUCCCGCGGAGCGCUCCCGUCCCGCCGCGGCUCCUCCAUCCCUCGCCGCUGCCGGGACCGGUGCGAUGCCCGCCCCGCUGCCCCCGACGGAGCUGCUGGGCUCCGAGCGGGCCGUGGUGCUCGUGUCCUGUGUCCUGUCCUGCGUGGGCUCCUCGCUCCUGCUCUGCUCCCAAGCGCUGUGGCCGGAGCUGCGGACGCGGCCGCGGCAGCUCCUGCUCUACCUGUCGCUGGCCGACCUGCUCUCGGCGCUCUCCUACUUCUACGGGGUGCUGCAGGACUUCGACAGGACCUCCUGGGACUGCGUCCUGCAGGGCGCCCUGUCCACCUUCGCCAACACCAGCUCCUUCUUCUGGACCAUGGCCAUCGCCCUCUACCUCUACCUCACCAUCGUCAGGGGCUCGCCCACGGGCACGGGCUUGCUGUGCUGCUUCCACGCCGUGAGCUGGGGUGUCCCCCUCGGCAUCACGGUGGCGGCCGUGGCUCUGAAGAAGAUCGGCUACGACGCCUCCAACGUUUCCGUGGGCUGGUGUUGGGUCAACCUGGACGCCGAGGAUCAUGUCCUGUGGAUGCUGCUGACGGGGAAAGUUUGGGAGAUCCUGGCCUAUGUGACCCUGCCAGUGCUCUACAUCCUCAUCAAGAAGCACAUUAACAGAGCACAUGCAGCUCUCUCAGAGUACCGCCCCAUCCUCUCGGGAGCACCUGCAUUCCAGCCCAGGACUUCCAUAGCGGACAAGAAGUUGAUUCUCAUCCCUGUCAUCUUCAUCUUCCUCCGCAUCUGGAGCACUGUGAGGUUCGUCCUGACCCUCUGCAACUCCCCUGCCGUGCAGAACUCAGCCCUGGUUGUCCUGCAUGGAAUUGGUAACACGUUCCAAGGAGGUGCCAACUGCAUCAUGUUUGUGCUCUGCACUCGGGUCGUCCGGGCUCGGCUGCUUUCCUUCAUCUGCUGCUGCAAACACGACGAGGGGGAUUGGCCCUGGCAAAGAUCAAACAGCUCCUGGCAGCGCCCAGAACCCCACAAGGACGUGCCAGGCCCCGAGCAGACAAAGCCACUGCUUUCCAGCACCUGAGCUGCCUCCACCUCAGCGUUGAGUCCUUCUUUCAUGGUAAAAAAAUCCAGUGUGAGUCUUUCCUCCUGCCUUGCCUGUGCUUCAUGGUCGGAGGGGUGGGGACAGCUACCAGGGAGCAGCUGGCAGAGGGGGGUUUCUGCUGCUGCUGCUGCUGGGGGGGAUUCCCUGUCUGACUUUGCAGGUCCUAAACCAUUUAUAGGACUGCUCCACCCUCCCUUUCCCCCGAGCUGGGGUGGUGGCUGUUACUCGAGUCUGUAAAAUGAGGAACUAGACUGCAGGGCUGUCUGGCCCUCAAGGACAGGACACCAGUGAAAACUGAAGAAGAGGAAUUAGUGGCUCUUUUUGAUGUAAAAUACCACGUGCACACACAUUUCAUCAGCACUGCACAGUUCAGAUGUUUAGUGCCCUGAGUUUUCCUCAUGAGGGAACACAAUCCCUGCUGCCAGUCACCAUGAAAGGGAAAAGGAGGGGAAGUGAUUCAUCCAAGCCUGCCUAGAAAGUCUCUAGGAGCAAAAAUUCGACAGAAUCUCUUAGUUUCAGACACAAGAUGGGGCACUGAUGUCCUUGCACUGUUGUGUGAGCACCUGGUUCCUUUGUGCUUGACCUCAUGAGUGAGAGCUGCAGAAUUUAUAGGGGUGUCAAAGAGUCCAUUGCAGAGCACUUGGGGCCGGGGUGCUGUGUGGGUCUCUGUCUGUGAAGCAGGUAUUGAUAGAGCUCUCUCCAGGAGAGAGCAGCUGUCCUGACUGUUCAGAUAUAUGUGCUGGCAUGUGCUGCCUCUUCAGGAAGGGUAUGAAACCAUCUGUGCUUCUGCAGUUGUACUUCUCCCUGCAGGUCCCACUCAGUCCAAAGGGCUGAGCCUGAAAGGCAAGUGCCUGCCUGGGACAUGGGGAUGGCAGGGGAUGAGCAUCCUGGAGGGAAGGGGCUGUGGGGCUCCGAGGGGAUCUCUCCUGCAUGCAUCUCUUUCUUCUCCUCCCAGAACCACACAGCCCCAAAAAACCACAAAGGACUCUUUAUUUUUAAUCAGUUGACAUUUUCAAUUUGUAGGCCAGGUUUUUGCAAGCAGAACAGGAGCCCUGUGAGCUGUCUGGGGAGGAGGGGCAGCUGGCAGGCUGCUGCUGCUCCGGGCACCCGGCUGCUCCAAAGCUGCUCUUGUUAGUUUAUUUUAGUCACCCUAACAGCAAGCACAACAGUUACAUGAUCCAGAGCUCUUAGGGGACUGUAGGCAGAGGCAGGCCCUGUUAUUUCCUGAAGCCUUGGCAUUAGCUUUAUUACUAUAUUAGUAUAUUUAAGCCCCGUUGUGCACAGGUUGUGUAAACAAGGGGAGGUGGAGCCCUCAAGAGCUCAGAGCCCAUUUAAAGGGGAUGUAGAAGGGCUCUGCUCUUACCAUCCCUGGAGUCUUUGAAAGGUAGAUGAAAACAUCUUAUCUUUGCCACAUAUAACUUCAAGAGGUUGUUUUUUUUCCUCCUUUCAAAAGGCUUUUUUAAACUUCUAAAAGCUAAAUAGCAACCUGGGUAGCUCAACUUCAUGUUGGUCCCAUGAGGCCUGGAAAGAGGAGCUGUGUUAAACUUCUUGUAGAAAGGCAGGAUAGUAAUUUUUGAAUUUUAUGAGACUUAGUGUUAUGCUGUGUUCUGUUUUUUGGACCCAGCCCUGAAGAGAGAAAAUAAAAUUGUCACCAGCUUGGCUUAAGGGAAAACAAAGCAAAACACACACACAUAAACACCCAACACACAAAAAAUAAUCAAAACAGAUUCCAUGUUCUCAGUUUGCCUUUUUCCAUUACAGAGCUCUGAGAAAUGCUUUUGAAGGGAAUGUGCAGCUCACCAGAAUUACAAUUCCAGCUCCAGGGGUUCCGGGGAAGCAAGCUGGGUUGUAAACACCAGAAGUCUGUGACAUCUCUGACAUCCUCGUGUCAGCAAGGGCAGAGAAAGAAAAACAGCCAACAGAGAACCUCUUAGAAAUGCCUGUGGGUCCUAGCACUGAAGUUGAGGGUGACCUAAAUACGAAGGGAGAUGGGAUGAUAGGGGAGGUGAUGUGUGGAAGUGCCUGGCUGCUCCUGGCAGGUGCCCCUCGGUCUCUGGGUGAGGUGUGAGUGCAGGGCAGGUGCCUCAGCUGGGUGUGGAGAUGGCUCUGAACUCUCCCCUGUCAGGCAUGGACUGGAGAAUUCCAGCUCAGGUGUUCCUGGAGGUGGCUGAGGUUGUGGUGCCAGGAUGUGUUGUAGGAGUGGGUCCAUCACGCCUGUUCCAGCUGCUCCAAGGUGACAUCCCUGGGGCUCGAGCUGCAGCAAAGCCUCCUGGCUUGGGAAAAACCUGGCACAGGCUGUGCCAGGCUCUGUGCACAGGCUGCAGGGUGGGGCGACAGUCCUGGGUUGUAACUGUGCUUUGUUCUGUGCAGGUGUGGGAUCAUCCCGGAGUCCCACAGAGGGAGCUAAAGCCCGGGAAACGCGCCGCUGGAGAGGCUGAGCAGAUGGAAAAGGUCCCACUCCUCCUUGCCCUCACAUACCAAAGGCUUUGGUCUUCAACUUUGCUCAGGAUCCUCUGGAAGAGACUGUUUAACUGCGCUCCAGUUUCCUGGUUUCCUUCCCUUCUUCCCCUCACCCUCCGCUAAAAAUCUUAGAAAUCGGUUUGGGGUUUUGCUUUUCUGUCUGACGAGGCGAAUGUGUGGUGAGUUCUGAGGUGAGCAAAUAUCACAGGGACAGGGAAACUUCAGUAGCUGCUGAAUAGGACUGUGCUGGGCAUGGAUUUCAGCCCUAGCGUGCCAAUCUUCCCGGGAGCUCCAGGCUGGCUCCUGUUCUUCACUUGAACACGGACAACAACGUGCAAACAAACGUCUCUGUUUGGUGGUGGUGGUGGAUGGUUCCUCUGGUUGGUUUAUUCCUCCUCCUGGAUGGCUGAGGGCCUUCAUCAUCAUCAGGGAUUGUGGUGGCAGCCCGGGAGCUGCCUCCUGAGGAAAUCUGAACUCUGCAGAGUGCCCUGGUGCUCAGGGAUGUUCCCCAGAGCCUCCCGCAAGGACAGCCCUCCCAGCAGUGCCCAGCCAGUGCUCUGAGCUCCAGAGCUCCCCUGCUGAAGGCUGCAGUCUGUUCUUGCUUUGGGAGUGUUGCAUCAGACCUGGGGAGGGGAUGGGGGUUGGUUUGCUUGGUUUACUCUUUGGAGAUAAUGUUUUACUUUAUUUACAGCUCCUCGUUUGCCUGGUGUUAAAAUAUUUCUCCAACUCGUACAAAAUAAAGUUUCGUUCCUUUACCAGGACGCUGCCCAGCAUUGCCUUUGUGCAGAGAAAAUGGGGUCUCAUUUGCUUCUUAAUUCCAGAGCCCCAUGUCUGCCGUUCCCUGCAGUGUCCUGGAUCCAGCACCCCUUUCCUAUUCCUGGGGGAUCAGGCUGCCAUAUCUACCUCUUGCUUACUUGCCUGGAAGCCUUUUAUGCAGCUGAUAAAGCAGUAUCUGCAUAUGACUCAUUUCCAGGCAAAUAAUGUGUUUCUUAAAUCAUUGCUUGCCCUUGAGGCCCCAGUUGUAGCUCAGUGCCCCAGGUUAUGCCCAGGACUGCAGAUGACACUGAGCCUUGACUGAACAUGCAAUUCCUUCCCAAAAUGCAGAUGGAAAGGCUGCUGAUGUCACUCUCUUGGUGUGGGAUGUCUCCUAAGGAGCCUCCUCAGGGCAGGCAUUGCAGUGAACCCAACCAGCGCUUUUCUAGAGCUCACCACUGAAGUCCUCCAGCAGAUUUCAUGUCCUGGAAACUAAGCUUCCCCUCUUAAUUUGUUUUUUGUUUGUUUGUUUGUUUUUUUCUCCCCUAAAGAUCUCAGGGUUUCAUAGGAUCCAGCUUUUAGCACAGACAAUUGGGCUGAGGGUAAAUAAAUCCCUGCACAAGUGCUUGGGAACUCUUGCCACAUGGUGGGCAAGGGCAGAGGAGAUCCAGAGUAGAGGUCAUGUCUUCAGGCAAACACCCUCUGGGGUGAAGGGCAGAUGUAAGAAGCACAACGUGUGCAGAAGCUGAAAUUGUAAAAUGCUUGUAAAAUUGGCUCUUUGCUUCUUCCUGGCUCUGUCCUGUGCCCAAGUCCAACAGGAUCUCAAGUGCUGAAGGUGUUACACCCCUGCAAUUGCUUUGAAAGUCCAUCCAUCACCCUGUCUCCCUUCAUCAAUCUCUUCCAAGGUCAUCCCGGCGCCAGUUACCACCUUAGGGGUGUUGUCAGAUUCCUGCUGUGUUUGGUAAAUCUUCAAACUGUUCUGCUGCCCUAAGCAAAUAUUUACUCUGAGGGAGGAUUUCUGAUGACAAACUUGCAUGUUUUCUUUAAUUUCUGCAUGUGUCAAGAUUAUUUCUUCAGGAAAGGAAUUUAAAGACCACGAUAGAGAAUUCUCCUCCCUUAUAAUAAUUACAUCAGAGCAGUUGUCAUUCCUCCAAGAGCUCCCAGCAAAAUUAGGCUGUCUUUAAAGAACAGUAAUUCUGUGAAAGAAAAGUGUCCUUUUCUGCAGUUUUCCCACCCCUGGGGCAGAAUUUUCCCUCUUGGCUAAAGAUCUGUGAAGGGUGAGAACACCACCAGUUGCUGAGUGAGCUGUGACCUCAGCAGCUGUGACACAGGAGGGUUCUUAAGGUGUGACCCACCAUCAGAUAUCUCGGAGAGCUGUGUCCUUAUUGUCAUUCACUUGUAACAAAAGCAAUAAAAGAGAAAUUCCAAGAAGUGUGGGGUCUAAGUUCCACUACUCUAAAAGUGGCAGGGCUCUGCCCCUUCUACCUGGAGGAAGGGAGGCUGCAGCAGUUAAAGAACACAUAUACAGGACACGUGGAAAAAGAGCUGGUGCUCAAGCCAGCCAGUUAAAGAACACAUGCAGGACACGUGGAAAAGAGCUGUUGCUCAAGAGGACGUGUUUUUUUUGAGCUGACUGUUAAAGAUAGAUGGACUAAUAAAGAGGAGGCUGGUUUUCCUCCAGCUGCUGGAGAUA